AUGCUAGUACUGAUGGUACCUUUUUGGUACGUAUCCCUGAUUCACAUCCAUUCUAAUACCACCACACAUCAUCAUCAAAUAUCCACACAUAAACCCGCAUUCAGAAAGGCACGUGCCGCUCAGGGUUAUGAUUACCCACCACCCUCUAUUCCAUUCCCCGAGCCAACGAGGCCACCACCAGUGGUGACGCGUCCACCAGCACCGAAGACUACUCGUCCAAUUGACCCCCUACCCGGUAGCACGCUCUCGUCCACCUCACUAACAUACAUACUUGCUUACCCACAACAAACCCACAGCGCCUCGGCAAUUCUUAAAGCUAACAACUUUGUUCCACUACUAAUUCCGGUGACCUGCCCACUCAGUACCGAAGAUUACUGUCCACUACCCCCCACCGGUGACACAAAAUCAUUGACCUAUCCUCCACCAACCACAAAAACCCACAACCACCAGCACCAAAACCAACCACUGUCCACCACCACCACCAGUGAGUCCACCACCAAUCCCAUUUUGCCCCAACCAAUAAACCAAUGUUCACCAGCACCAAAACCAACUACUCGUCCACCACCACCACCAGUGACACGUCCACCAGCACCGAAGACAACUCGUCCUCCACCCCCAGUGACGAAGCCACCACCAACUUACCUGCCACCAACCAAUAAACCACAACCACCAGCACCUAAGCCAACAACUCGUCCACCACCACCAGUCACUCGUCCCCCACCACCAAGAACUACACCUGGACCUACAUACUUGCCACCCACCAACAAACCACAACCACCAGCACCAAAACCUACUACUCGUCCCCCACCACCACCAGUGACUCGUCCACCAGCACCGAAAACAACUCGUCCACCACCCCCAGUGACGAAGCCACCACCAACUUACUUGCCCCCGACCAAUAAACCACAACCACCAGCACCAAAACCAACUACUCGUCCACCACCACCAGUGACUCGUCCACCAGCGCCGAAGACAACCCGUCCUCCACCCCCAGUGACGAGACCACCACCAACUUACUUGCCACCCACCAACAAACCCCAACCACCAGCACCAAAACCAACAACUCGUCCACCACCACCACAUAGAAGUCAAACAUUAUGA